AUGCAGGAUUCGUGUUCCUUCCAGAUGGACUCUGGGGUCUUAGCAUCUGCGGAGCAGGACAUGACAGAGGCGGAGGCAGAGCAGGAGUUGCGGUGGUUGGCGCUGGGCUCCGAGGAGGCUCUGGGAGCUGAGACAGAGGGGCCCAGAGCCCCGCAGGCCUGGGGGCGCCUGCUGAGGGCGGUGUGGAAGGGUCAUGUGAGCCUAGUGACUCAGCUGCUGCGGCAAGGGGCCAGUGUGGAGGAGAGGGACCGUGCGGGCAGGACCCCGCUCCACCUGGCUGUCCUGCGUGGCCAUGUGCCGCUGGUGCGUCUCCUGCUGCAGCGAGGGGCCCCGGCGGGAGUCGUAGACCGCGCGGGGCGCACGCCACUGCACGAGGCUGCCUGGCACGGGCACUCGCAGGUGGCCGAGCUGCUGCUGCGGCGCGGGGCGCCGACAGCCGCGCGCUGCGGGGCCGGCCUCACGCCGCUGCACUGGGCCGCUGCGCUGGGCUGCACGCUACUGGCCGGGCGCCUGCUGGGCGCGCCGGGCCCCGGCUCCGCGGCGGUGGACGCGCACGGCUGGACGGCAACGCACUGGGCAGCCGUGGCCGGCCGGCUGCCAGUGCUUGAGCUGCUGGUGGCGGGCAGCCACAAGGGCCUGGAGGGCACCCUGCUCGUGGCGACCGCGGCUGGGCGCGCGGGGGCGCUGCGCCUCCUCCUGGCUCGUGGGGCGCGGGUGGACGCCCGGGACGGCGCAGGAGCCACCGCGCUCAGCGUCGCGGCCGGCCUGGGCUGCCAGCAGGACAUGGAGGUGCUGCUUGACCAUGGGGCGGACCCAAGCCUCAAGGACAGGCAUGGCCGCUCUGCCCUCCACAGGGCUGCUGCAGGUGGACAUCUGCCCGCCGUCCAGCUGCUGGCAGCUUGGGGAGCAGAGGUGGACGCUCGGGACUCGUUGGGCCUCACACCCCUGCACCACGCUGCUCGGGGAGGCCACGUGGAGAUAGUCACUCACCUCCUGGACAGGGGUGCGGAGGUCGACGCCGCUGGUUGGCUCCGCAAGACCCCCCUGCAUUUUGCCAUGGAGUGUGGCCACGGCCCCACUGCCGUGCUUUUGCUGAGCCGAGGGGCCAGCUCCACCCUGAGGACGGGGUGGGGUGAGGUGGCCCAGGACCUGGGGCCGGCCCUCUGUGGAGAGCAGGAGGACUUCUGGGGGCACAGAGCCCCAGGGUCCCUGAGCUUCUCACUGCAGGGCCAGAGCAGAACAGAAGGCUCCAGGCUCCCACAGCCUUCACAGAGGAUACAGGCACCUUAUAGUCUGAAGCCGCCUGCCGGGGAGGCGAGAGCAGCGCAGAGGCUCCUGGAGGAGAAGGAAGAAGUGGCUUGAACCCCAGUAACAAGUUUCUGGCCGGACCUGAGACGGCCCCACUGAGUCCGGGGGCCGCGUCACCCCUGCAGCACCAGCCUCUCUGGCAGAGAGACUGAGUUGUGGCAGCAGAGCUGACCAAAAGCUGACGGUCUCUGUUUGUCCACCAUGGGGCUGUCACCCUCAGGGCUUCCUCUGUCCGUGGUAGCAUUCUUCUUGUGUUUCCUUAGAUUCAGUGUUUGUCUGUCGGCGUCCGUUCAAUGACUGCAGGACCAAACGAGCGGCCAGUUGUCUUUCUCUCCCCUGCCGUCCCGAGCAGCCUUCUCUCGGUACCCAGCCCUGAACCACCCAGCGCCAGGUAUGCCUGUGUGCGCCAGGCCCACUGGACCAUCGAACAAGCUGGUCCUCGACUGUGUCCCUGCCCUGCCUCAUCUUUCCUGUGGGAACCCCAGUGAAGGCUUGAGCCCCCCACCUUCUGCUCCUGCUUCUACCUCCUGGUUGACACUAGUGCUUCCGCCUGUUUCCCCCAGGAAACCUAAGGAAGAAAAAUGGUUUUUUCAAUGGCAUUAGCCACUCAUGGUUAUCACUCAGUCAUAUCUGUAAAUUACGCUCCUGUGGUCCAACCACACAGAGGGACAGUUGUCUCCAGUGGCCCCUCUAUGUGCUCUCACAGAAAAUCAUUGCGGUUCGUUGAUUGUUCUGGAAGAACGUCUUUAGAGGACAGAGUUCCUCUUUCAAAAGUGAAAACUGUCAUGCCAAAUGAGCACCUCUGUCCAGGGAUUAUGGGGGCACUUGGAUGUCACUCCUGAGGCAGUGGAAGCCUUGGGGGGGUUUGUGCUUGUGUAACAUGGUCCCCGUGGCCCAUGGAGCCUGCUCGUGCAGAGUGGGCUGUUCUUGGGACGGGGAGCCCAGGAGCAGUGAGAUGGUGGUGGCACAGCAGUGGAGAUGGGGGAGGCAGGCAGCACCAGGAGGAUUUUGUGGGCAGGGCCCUUUGUGCUUGCUGAUGGGUUGGAGGUGGGGGGCCAGGGAAAGGGAGACCUCACACUGACCCUAGCGAGGCUUGGGCCCGAGGUGGCGGGGUGAGUGGGAAACCUUAAUCGUGAUGGGGAGAGCAGGUGCACAGGAGACGAGAAUGUGGGAAAGGCGGGGGCUGUGGUGACAUCUCUGGUGUCGUCAGAGUAAAGAUGGUUUCUAAAGCUCCAGGACACACCAACACCCAGCUUCCAGCACAGCCUGCUGUGCUGCUCCAGAGCCACACACAGCCUGACGGCCUCUCGCCUCCCCUGCUGAGUCCACUAUGUCCAGGCACCAGCAGCCUUGGGAGCAUUGCCAUAACCAGGCAGGCCCCCAGCCUAGCUGGUCUUCUCGUUUGAGCCCCUGACUCCCUGUGGGCUGUUCUCAGAACAGUAGCUAUAACCUAUUGACUAUCCUGCUCACAGUCUCCCCCGUGACUCCCUCUCCCCAGUGGAGUGUAAACCAAAUAUGGCAUAUUGUGUUGUUCACAAAUGCUCCAGCGAUCUCAUCCACCACCGUGCUCUUUCCAGCGCGAUCUCCAUCCUCCCCCGUCCAGAGCUGGAGUCUGUGUCUCCACCUCUUGACUGUUCUGGCCACCCGAGUCCUGCCGAAGUGAUGCCCUAUGACUUUCCAAGGUGCAGGGUGGCUGCCACGCUGUAAGGAAGCCUAGGGCCGUGUGCUACACGGGACAUUAAAGGCCCUCCUCGACCUCCAGGGCCCACACAUCCUGACCAACCUCUAUCUCCAGCCUCCCGCUUGCUCAUUGGCCCCGGACCCACUCUGGCUCUCUGACCUUGACUACACCAAGCCUCUCACUUGCUGAUCCCUGUGCCUGCCCUCAGCCACUGCCUUCUUCACUGGAAUAGCACCCUCUCUGGGCACCCUUCUAACGCUAUAUAAAUGGUACCCCUCAAGGUAAACGUCUUCUUUAAAGGGAAUGCCAAUAAAUACGGAGAGUUAGAAAGUCAACAAUGGACGCUCGAGUUGGUGAGUGCAAGUCGUCUUGGAGUGUGGAGGUCACAGAGGGUGCUGCUCAGACACCCUUCAAGGCUCCACCUGUCUUUGAGCUUCAAGUCCACAGCAGUAUUUUAGCCAAUGGCACACUUUUCCUGGCGGCCCCAGACACUGGCUGAGCUCAGCACAGGCGCUGGGGUCUGGCCAUUUCUGCCCAACACAAGAUUUCCCAAAUAGGCAGUCUCUGCCUCGGAACGACUGGGUCAGCCCAGACGUUGCCCUGUCUGCACUCUCUCUCUCCCACGCGCAAGACAGGAUGCAACACCAUACUCCUACUUGCAUCUCAGCAUCUGCUGACAGGAAAGCCUAUAACUCUCAAAGCAUUUGUUUCUCCACAAGCUACUUAUUAGUUACAAAAGUAAAAGUGGGGGAGAAACCUGGCAAGCAAUUCCAUAAUCAAGUGGUUAAAGCUGACAUUUUCCAUGUUGGGACAGGCCUCCUGAUACCAUGCACAGAGAAGGACACAAUGUAAUCUCUGCGGUAUUCUGCUAAAAAUGUGUAACCCAGUUAUAAUCACGAGGAGACAUCAGAUGAACUCAAGUUGAGAGGCAUUCUACAAAAUAACUAGCCUGGACUUUUCAGGAAUGCCAAGGUCAAGAAAAACAAAGAAAUGCUGAAGAACUGUUCCAGAUUAAGACUGAAAAUGAGACACAACAACUAUAGGCAGCGCAGGAUCCCGGACCGGGGAAAAUGCGGUGAAGAUCAUUUGACAGAACUGGGUAUGGACUGUGGUCUAGACAGUAGUAUUGCGUUAAUCUUGAAUUUCCCGAUUUUGAUCCUUGUGCUGUGACUUGUAAGAGAAUGACCUUGUCCUAAGGAAAUACACAGUGAAAUAUUUAGUUAUCUUCCACUUCCUCUCAAAUGGACCAGAGGAAAAACUCACUGUGUGCUUAUGAACAUUUAUAGCGGGAAUGACUUUUAAAAAUGGAGCAAAUGUAAACAGUUGGUACACUUGGGUAAAGCAUAUUGGGGAGUUUCUGGAACUAGUCUUGCAACUUUUCUGUAACUUAAAAUUAUGCCCAGAUUUAAAGUUACAAAGGAAGUGCACACUCCCUUCAUUGUUUCCUGUAAUAAUGAUAAUAUAAUGGUACCGUGGUAAAAUGGUGACAAAAUAUACGCAAUAUUUAUAUUGUACGUGCCAUUCCAAUCCUUUCAAAGUGCACAGCUCAGCAGCACAAAGGGGACCUGGACGGUCGGUCGGAGGCAGCGCGGCCCGGCUGGGCUCUGCAGG